ACGCCACGGCCAAAGAACCUUCGCUGAUCAUUCGACCUACACAGCCGAAACAGGUUAAACCGAUCGGCUCGUCUUUGAUAUUGAACUGCCAACCUGACGUCGACCAACCAGAAUUCAUCACCAAUCUCAAAUGGCUUGAUCCGCAAAACAGGACGAUCGAUCAAACCUCGACCGCCGGAGCGCACGUGACCACUACGUUUACUUCCAGCAACAAUUUGGGGCUGGUGAUAACUGGUCUCACCGAAUCGGACGUGGGCACGUACACGUGCACUGCCACAUACUCGAAUUCUGAAUACCUGGUCCGCAGUGUGAUCAUCGACAGUUUCUACGACAUCACGUGGGUGGACGCUCCCACCGAACAAUAUCCGAUCGCCGGAACUAGUUACAAAGUGCGUUGUAAAGUCAAGGCCAAUCCCGCGCCACUCGUCGACUGGUACAAGGAAGACACCAGGAUUCAAGACGGCAACGGAUUCGUCAAGGACAUUGACGGUUUGCUCAUCCAAAACGUCACCGCCGAAGACGACGGCCUGUACAAAUGCCGUGCCAUCGUGUUGGACACGGGUAACAUCCAAGACCGGGAUAUCAGAGUCGAGGUUCACAUCCCGCCGACGUUUGCUUCCGACCAAGUGUCCCAGCUGGAAGUGGUCGAGGGUGAGAUGGCCAGCGUGCGGUGCGCGGCCAACGGUAAACCUGAACCCAAAGUGACGUGGAUACACAUGCCGGACCAGCGAGACUUGAGCGAGGGCACCGAGAGGUACUCCGUGAACAAGCUGACUGGCGUGUUGAGCCUGAACCGUAUCAGCCGCACCGACAACGGUCAGUUCAAGUGCGUGGCCAGCAACGCGGCCGGUCAGAUCGAGCGGUUGGUCAACGUGGUCGUGCUCAUCAAGCCCGAGAUUCUGGACGUAACCAACGUGUCCGUGCCCAUCAACACUGAGGCCAGAGUCAAGUGCACUGCAAACGGUAACCCUCUGCCGUCCAUCAUGUUCAGGAGAGUGGGCACGAACGUCGUCAUAAAAUCGGGAAUCGAAGAUUAUCGCAUUAGCGUGGAGCACGACACCAUGGGGGACUUGGCAACGGCCACUCUAGUGAUUAAACACCUGAACCGAUCCGACGAUGGACUGUACACUUGCAUCGCGUCGAACAAGGGAGGCGAAGGGACGAAAAACGGGCAUCUUACCGUCGAGUUCCCGCCAGUGUACGCCAGCAACAUGGUUAAGGAGGUGUGGACUUGGAACCGGAUGCCUGUGAACCUGUCUUGCAUUUCCGAGUCGCUGCCGAACGCUUCCAUCACGUGGCUGCUCAACAACCGCAUGGUAGAGGACGACAUUAACGUGCAAAAGUUCGGCAAGGGUCCUUACAGCAACUUGCUGGUGACACCGAUUGAUCAGCGCUACUACGGAGUGUACUCGUGCCUGACCAAGAACAUUCACGGCGAGAACAACGCACAAAUCACGCUCAGGGAGGCGCACCGUCCUUCCAAGGUGUCUCAGGCCAAGUUCGACGUUGUCACUGCUACAACGAUUUCGUUCGGUUUCGUGGGUCCGACAGACACGGGAGGUAUCAAAGUCAAAGCCUACGCCGUCCAGUACAAGGAGGUUAAGCAGUCGUGGGAUGAAGGUCGCAACAAAUCUUGGCCAGUUGACACGCCAUACAUACUGGAAAACCUGGAAGCGCACAGGACCUAUACAUUCAGGUUUGCCGCCAUCAACGACGUGGGUACCAGCGACUGGAGUCCUUCGGAACAGCGCACCAUGCCUAAAAGGAGCGCUCCUGAGGAACCAAAAAUAUUGGUCAACAAGGACGUGUACACCGAUGAUUACAUCAACUCGCCUUACGGCAACAGCUACGAAGUCAACUGGAAGAUACCAGCCGACAACGGGGAGCCCAUAAACUUGUACAACGUUCGCUAUUGCGUGGCCGACAAGGUUAACACGAUGUGGGUAACCAGAACAGAAUCGUGCAGGAGCGAAGACCUCAGGUCCUCGGACAAGACUUCGUUUUUGAUGGAAAAUCUAAACGCCGACACGUUUUAUAGAGUGGAAGUCAGAGCCCACAACGAAAUUGGAUUUAGCGUACAAUCGGAACUCGUCUUCAAGACUGCGACUGGAGUGGACAUACCUCCCGUCCAACCGGCGUACAAUAAUCGGCUCAGCUCGGCGGUCAUAAUCAGCAUCGUCUUGGCCGUCCUGUUCACCGUGUUGGUGGUCAUCGACGUGUCGUGUUACUUCGCCAACAACACUGGUAUCUUGUACAUACUUUUCGGCAUGUGUUGUCGGAAGAAGAAGAGAGACGAGGACGCAAAGCUCGGAAGUUUGUAUGGUUGGCGUUUUCCGUUGCCGUAUUGCAACAACAGCACGGGCGAAUCGUCCAGUAACGGAAACGGUUCUUCUUACACUUCCGACGUAGAGAAAGUCCCCUUGCCAGAUAUGAACUUUGUGUUCGAGGGCAAAGAACUGUUGACCAACGGCAACACUUACCAGAGCACCAAUUUGCGCAUCGAACCCACCGAAAUGCUGAAAAAGGACACCGAAGUGGAGUACGACGUCAAACGGUCCGUGUCGCAGACCCGUUUCGUCGGCAAGGAUUCGGCCGUCUAAAACCGGACGCGCACGAACCUAACCGAUCGACGACGAAGAUGACACGAUUCUACACGCCGGCGACGUAUUCUGCGUGAAAUACGCACAUUACGACGGCGGCGGUGUGCGCGGAGCGACGAUUUCACGACUGAAAAAUAUAUUUUAAAAAAACGAAAUUCAUAAUUGAUUACAUUUUAAUAAUAAUAACAAUAAUAAUUUGAUGAACGCUAUAAUAAUAUAAUAAUAUUAUCAUGACGGUUGGGGUGUAUAAUAAAUAAUAAUUAUUGUACGCGAAACGAUUCCGAGUUUGACCGACUGAGUUUCGCGCCGCUCUGGCAUUUAUUUUAUGUAAUUAUUAUUAUUAUUAUUACCGUAGCGUUUUAUACUACCUAGCAACUAUAUAUAAGUAUUAUUAUACUGCUACUAUAUAAUAUUUUUAUUAUCAUUAUUGCAUUAUAUUAUAUACCUACAUUAUACUUUUAUUAUUAUUACUAUACAAUGUUUACUAUUACUAUAUAAUAUUAUAAUAUUAUUACCCACUACUGAUAACAUAAUAACCGCUAGGUAGUACUACCCAGUGUAGCGCAUUCGUGUCGUGUAUCCCUCCAUCCUUCCACCACGUUUUGUAGAUAAUAUUUUCAAUGUUUUAUUUUUAAGUGUUUAGCGUUAAGGCUUUUUAAUUUUUAUCAUUUCAUUUUUUAUACAUUCUACACGUUGUACAAUAACUAUUGUGCGCCGUAUAUAAUGUAACGAUAUUUCGAACGAAUUUUCAUCGAUCAAUAAUCUUGCUCGUUGACUCGGGUCGAGAACUGUCUCAAAAUAAUAGACCAUUUUAGUUUCGUAUGAUUCGAUAUAAUAAAAAUAGGACAAAUUUUUGACAGCCCAAAAAUAAUUUUUUUAAUACGCAUUCGCAGCUACAAGUGCGUGAUUUUAAACAGUUUUUUAAUUAAUAGAACUCCGUCAAAUCUGACAACUAUAAUAUGUAAGUGCGCCCAAAAAACGGUGUGGUUCAUAUUGGGUGGUACACUUUAAUUUGAAUUCGUUCGUUUUCCUCGGUCGAAUCUCGGUUUAGAAAUGAAAAAAACCAUUAUUAUAUUAUAUGCGUCUUUUUAAUUUUUGCUUUUAUACAACCGACGCAAUCGUUUAUCGGUUGUUCGAUGCUGCUUUGUACUUAAUAAAAUAAUAUAUAUAUAUAUGUGUCGUGUAAUAAGAAUUAAAUUACAUUAUUAUGUCUUAAGACUAUUUUCAUAUUACUGUGUUAUAUAACGAACGUUUGAUUUGAUGAUUUUUUAUUUUUAUUAUUAUAACUAUUCCUUAAAUUUGUUCCUACGUGCAUAAUUUUUUACUUAUUGUUUUUUUUUUUUAAAUUUAAAUCGUGUGAAUAUCAUAUUUUUGUGAAAUUUGUGUGAUUCGGUUUUAAGUCGAUUGGUGGUGUGCACCACGGUAUCGGCUGAACUAUAUUAAGUUCUCUCUCUCUCUUAUAUUAUCGUCAUUUAAAAUAAUUAAAACAUACAUACGGAUAUAUGUAUCACUUGUGUUGUAAAGACCAAUCGCG